AUGGCCAGACGCCGCCGCCGUAGUCAAGCGCGACAUAUUCGAUAUAUUGAUGACUUAUACACGUCCUGUGAGGAUGUCGGAGAAGCUGUAAAGCUGCGCGAGGAUGUUACCGCACUUAUGGCUGAAGGGGGAUUUCCCAUGCGUAAGUGGAUGUCGUCGUCUGCCGAGGUGUUAGCUACCGUACCGGAGACAGAGCGAGCCGUCCGUAACGAGGCCCUAGAGAUGGGAGAGCUGCCGCAAGGUCGAGCGCUUGGGGUGCGAUGGGAUCCUCAGUCAGACACCCUCGGCUUUGCAUUUGCACACGUCGAAAGACCUCCCGCAGAAGAAACAAAACGGGGUGUCCUCAAGAAACUAGCGGGAUUGUAUGACCCGUUAGGAUGGGCAAGUCCAUACGUGGUUCGCGCCAAAGUCAUGUUGCAGCGUACAUCGUCACGUGGCAUAGACUGGGAUGAGUUACUACCGUCAGAUCUGCGCUUAGAGUGGAGCAAGUGGGAGGCGGAGAUGGUUGCCCUAAAGUCCUUUGUUGUCCCACGCUACAUUUACCGUCAGCCCGCAGUCGCCUACGUGCGCGCAACGUCGACAGUCGGGGAAGUCACGUGUCAUCUAGUCAUCGCAAAAACGCGCCUCAUGCCGUUGAAGCCGAUCUCAAUCCCGAGAGGGGAGCUAAUGGCGUGUCAGCUAGCCGUACGACUCGCCAAGGCCGCUUGUGUACAGCUCAGUUUGAGUAUGCGAGAGGUGAUCUACCUUUCGGACUCCACUACCGCACUGUGGUGGAUUCGUGGCGAGCCGAGGAAUUUCAAGCCGUUUGUCGCCAACCGUGUAGCUGAGAUCUUGACAGAGAGUGACCUCAUCCAGUGGCACCACGUACGAACGGAGAUGAACAUCGCCGAUGUGGCAACAACAGAAGCCUCCGCAGGCGACAUACAAGCCCACACAACUUGGAUUGAAAGACCGGAGUUCCUGAGUUGGUUAAAGCUGCGCCGAGUUACGGCCUGGAUCCUGCGUUUCCUGUAUAACCUGCGCAACCGAGAUAACCCCAAGUCGGGAGCACUAAGCAUUGAAGAGUUGAAGACAGAGGAGCUGUACUGGAUCAAGUGGGCACAGAGAGACAGGUUCGCCAGAGAAAUUGAGUCGUUGGAGAAGGGACAGCCAGUUCCUCGAGCAAGUCGCAUUGCAAACCUCGAUCCACAGCUUGUAGAUGGAGUUCUCCGCGUCGGAGGGAGGAAAGACCGGGCCGACAUACCAUGGGAAACGAAGCACCCGAUAAUCCUCGACCACGGACAGGACGUCACACGCCUGAUAGUCACCGAGUACCAUCAGAAGCUUCGCCAUGUUGGAGUGGAGCAUGUCUUCAACCACCUACGCGAGAGAUUCUGGAUACUGCGUGGGCGGGCAGAAGUGAAGGAGUGCACCAUUAAGUGCCCACUGUGCCAUCGCCGUCGCGUCCAGCCGAUGACCCAGAAGAUGAGUGACCUUCCAGCCGUUCGUCUUGCUGGUGUCAGCACGCCGUUCAAGCAUGUAGGCUUAGACUACGCGGGGCCGUUUCAAGUUCGUGUUGGUCGAAAUCGCGUGGAGAAGCGUUACGUGUGCCUAUUUACGUGCCUGCACAUGCGCGCCGUGCAUCUAGAGACCGCGCAUAGCCUCGAUACAGAUUCCUUUAUUAUGGCUUUGCGUCGCUUUCGCGCCCGCCGAGGUAAUCCUGUCAGGAUUAUGAGUGACAAUGGUUCGAACUUUGUAGGAGCUGAGCGAGAGUUGAGGGAGGCACUCCAGGAGUUGAGUCAAGAACGAAUCGCAGAUGAGCUCAGUGUGCACGGUGUGAAGUGGGACUUCAAUCCGACUGAUGGGCCUUGGUUCGGUGGAGCCUGGGAAGUGUUGGUGAAGUCUACCAAGCGCACGAUGAGAGUGACGUUAGGAAACGUCCUUACACUAGAUGAAGUCUUCUGUACUCGCCGAGGCGGAGUCUAUACUGAACUCGCGUCCACUGGUGUACGGGGGAAGUGUGUCAUCUCCUACUGA